CCCACCCCCUAUGAGAUGAGCAAAGCCCGGGCCCCUGCCCAUGAGGUUGCCAUCCAGGUGAAGCUGUGGGGCUGGAGCUGUCAAGAUGGGGGCAGUGGGCCUCUGGCUGCCCGCCAGCACCUGGAGCUCCGGGCCUUCCUCCGCCUGCUGGAGCACAGCUGCCUUCAGGAAUUCCUUGCCAGAGACCCCUGUUUCCAGGUUUCAGAUAAGUAUCUCCUGGCCAUGGUGCUGGUCUACUUCCGGCGUGCCAACCUGAAACUCAGCGAGUACACCUGCAGCAACCUGUUCUUGGCACUGUACCUUGCAAACGAUAUGGAGGAGGACCUGGAGGAAGCCAAAUGUAUGAUUUUCCCGUGGGCCCUGGGCGAGGGCUGGCACAAUCGGGUGGCAGACUUCCUGCACCAGAGGGACAGGCUGUGGGCGAGGAUGGGCUUCCGGGCUUUAGUGAGCCGCCGGCACUGUGAGAAGGUCAUGGCCAUGGAGCCAUCCCACCGGGCCUGGACUCGGGAACGGUGCAACCACCAUGGCGGGGCGCACAGGAGCUACUCAAAGGCCGGGAUCACCCUCCCCGGGGGCCCCGGCUUCUCACCACCCCGCUGCUCCCUCUGUGGCUCGCCCCCUCUCCACAGUCACUACUCCCACCAGCCCUGCCCCUUGCCUGUCUUACCCGAGAGUCCUGCCCCAAACCCCGAGUGGUACGGCUCUCCUUCCCAGGCCUGUCUCUCAGGGGCUGAAGACCCCUGGGCUGGGGGCUUCCUCAUGGUCCUGCCCUCCCAGCUACUUCUGGAGCCAGGCACCUACACCCUUCACAUCCUCUCGGAGCCGCUGCCAGUGCCCUAGGCGCAGACGGAUGGACGGAUGGACGGACGCUCGCAGGGUGAAGAGCAGCUGGCCUGCCUGCCCUGUGGCCCGCUGCCCUCCUGUCUUGUUGACUGCAGGCUGUCAGUGCUGCCCAAGCCCCCUGGCCCCUCCUCCCGACCUGCACCUUGCACCCACCCUGCCCCUGCCCCCCUCUAAUAAACUCAUGUCCACUGUGCUUAGGCCUGGCUCCGUGCCCAGGGUGGGGGAGGGAGGGAGUGGGGCGAGAGGCAUCUGGCAGGCUCAGGUCUGUGGUUGAGACCCAUGAGCACAAGUUCUAUCAUCGUUCUUCUCCUUCCCGUUGGUGGCGGUCAUCCUGAGCCUCAGUUUCCCCUCUCUGGCCUCCCCUGUGGGUGAUGAGAUCUGCCGUGUGGGUGGCACUGGAUGAGAUGAGGUGUCCGCAGCCCUGGGAAGAGGGCCUGGAGCCCACUGCACACAAACAGCUCAAAUGAAAAGCAGCUCUAUACUUGUCCGAAAUGCCCGGGGGCAGGUCUGUCCAGGAAUUAGACUAGGCCCUUGCCCUGGGCUGCAGUCCAAUAGAAUGCCCUGGUUACGCUAGAACACCCCUCCCCAAAGGGUGUUGUUAAUGACGGGCAGGGCGGCUUUCCAGAGAAGGUGGGUUUGAGCUGGCCUUGGACAGUGUCAGGUUUGCGUGAGGGCUGGCGAGGGGGUGGUUCUGAGGAAGGGGCUUCUUAGAGAGACAGCCUAUUGUAGUGACUAAAUCUUGGUCUCUGAGCCAGGCAGCUUCAGAUUCCAGGUUCCUGCGUGACCUGGGCAUGUCACUGAACCUCCCCCACUGCCUCAUCCGUAAAAGGGGCAUUGUACCAAAACGGGUUUUGAAUGAUCUAAUCCUAGAAGGGUUUAGAACUGCCUCAAGAGUAGAGCGCAGCCCUGGCCAGGUAGCUGGAUUGAUUGGAGUGUCGUCCCGAUGUGCCAAGGUUGCGGGUUCGAUCCCUGGUCAGGACACAUAUAAGAAGCAACCACUGAAUGCAUAAACAAAUGGAACAGCAAACUGACGUUUCUCGCUCUCCCUCCCCUCUCUCUUUCUAAAAAAAAAUCAAUCAAAAAAGGAUGGAGCUCGAAUAUGUGUUUACAGCCCCAGCAGGUUUGCUCACUGGGUAGAGCGUCAACCUGCAGACUGAAGGGUCCUGGGUUUGGUUCCAAAGACACAUGCCUGUGUUUCG